UACGGUGUAUUGUCGAAGGAGGGGUGACCCCAACCUUGGAAAGCCUUCACCGACAGCCUCUCUCGAGUUGGUCGCGAUCGGCGCACUGCAACACCACCUUCAGACCGCAACGUUUCGCCGCGCGUUCAUUCACUCCGUUCUCGUCACUCCAAAUUGCAGCGGGAAGAAUGAGGUGCCGCCAACAAUUAGUGCUGUUGACGCUGGCCGCGGUGGUGGCCGCGGUGGCCGCGCAGGUGCCGUCGCUCGGUCCUUGCCCUGAAAUGAAGACAAUGGACGAGUUCAACGUCAACAAGUACCUGGGCCGCUGGUUCCAAGCAGAAAGGUACUUCUCGCUCUUCGAGUUUGCGGCCAAGUGCGUUAUUUCUAACUACACCGACUCUGGCGACGGAAGGUACUUGGUCGUCAACAAGCAUGUCAAUGCCUUGAGUGGUCUUAAGUCAGUCAUCCAAGGCGAUUUGCACGUUAUGGGUCGCCAAGACGAAAGCAAAAUGACCAUCAGCUUUACCUCAGUUCCUGUGCCCAUGGACUUGCCCUACUGGGUGCUGGGCACCGACUACGAUAACUACGCCGUUGUCUGGUCUUGCUCCAACUUUGGACUCUUCAGCACCCGCAACGCUUGGAUCCUGACCCGCGCGCCGAACGCUUCUUUGGAGGUGAUGCAGAACGCGUACAGCGUCGUGGACCGCAACGGCAUCAGCAGGGCCUACUUCAUCAGGACGGACCAGAGAAACUGCGGCGAGAGUUCGCGUCACUGAUCUCCCGACCCCGGCCGUCGAUCCCACCUUUCUAAUUUUACUAAGUUAUUCGUCAAUAAUCUGCAUAUGAAGCAAGCAAGUUGACUCGACGCAUUUCGUGUAAAUUAUUUUCCUCUCGAGUCGUUAAUUGGAGCGAAAAAGAGUCUGAUGCAAUAAGAAAUAUACACCCUAGGACCUUUAUUUAUAAUAUUUAUUACGUACCGAAUCUCUCUCUAUGCGAUCAUGAUAUUAGCAAAGAUGUAAAUAUAUAUUAAAUAAAUAAAUAAAUAAAUAAAUACA